UGUAGAACACAUGCACUGUAGUAGAUUUUAUUUAGUUCAUUUGGUCUUUUUUCCAGACUCUGGAAAACUAAAAUGAAGGAAGGAAGAUAUCUUGGUCUUGCUGUAAUAUGCACCUUGACUCUUUGCAUCAAGGCGGCUGCUGAAACUCCUUUGGACAUGGCGCCAGAUGCCGUAGAUGACAUGUAUGAAGGGUGUGCCAAAGACGCUCUGGACAAGCUUGUGCUCUCAGAUAUGCUACAAGAAGAAUUGAACAAAAGCAUAGACUUCUCGACAUUAUGGAACUCCCAGUCCUCUAGGUGCCCAAAACUGAUCCCAGGAGGGCUGAAGCAACACACCACUGCACUACGGACUAUUGCCAUGGAUGACGGCAACUUUAUAACUAAGCUGAACAUGGAUGUGUAUGCAUAUGGAACAAACACCACAACCUAUGACGGAUUUUAUUUUAAGUCUCUUCAUUUUCUCCUGAUGGAUUCCAUUAGACUGCUUCACACUCCUCUGACUCAUUGUAAGACAGUCUAUUCUUUCUCAAGCCCUAUAUCCAAAGCUCAAAAGGGUUCUACUGUGAGACUUGGAAGAUUUUGGAUUGGAUUUUCAAGUCUGAAGGAAAUCGAAGAAGACAUAGAUGACCAAGACAUUUUAAACAUCACUACUUGCUUUUUUGCAGAUCUCGGAGAAAAUAUUUGCAAUGAUAUGCCAGUGACCCUCCUUUCUCCAGCUGAAGAGUUCACAGUGGAAGAUGUCAGGGAUAUUAAGGGUGACCCUUCAUACCAUAUGAUUGUUUUAAAACAUUCACAACUUAAGAGCAUGCACAACUGUUACAUCUUUUCAAGCUCCCCUGACAUCGCCCCCCACUGGCUCUUACUGGCACUUCUGACUCCAUCCUUUUUCAUCAUCAGUUAAAAUGAGACGGAUCAUUAGCUGUAAUGUUUACUUGAGUUUCUAGUUUGUUCAUGUUUAAUUACAUUCUCGCUAU